GUGGCGCCCGCGGCAUCGGCGGACCCCUUUGCCAACAUCAACGCCGGGCUCGGGAUCCCCGCCUCCAAGGCGUCGCCGCCGCAGCAGCCGUCCUACUUGGGCUUUGCAGCCCCGGCGCCGCCAAAGCCGGCCCAGUCCUCCAGCAACGCCUUCGACGACCUCGACAUCUUCAAGUGA